CCACAACCUGCUCGGCUCCAACAUGGCUCCGCGGCUGUGCAGCAUCUCUGCGACCGCACGGCGGCUGCUGGGGGGCCCUGGACCCCGCGCCGGGGACAUCGCGGCUGCGGCUGCGGCGCGUUCCUACUCCAAGGACAGUGAAGGCAGCUGGUUCCGCUCCCUCUUCGUCCACAAGGUGGAUCCUCGGAAGGAUGCCCACUCCACCCUGCUGUCCAAGAAGGAGACCAGUAACCUCUACAAGAUCCAGUUUCACAACGUGAAGCCAGAGUGUCUGGAUGCCUACAACAGUCUGACGGAGGCCGUGCUACCCCAGCUGCACCUGGAUGAGGACUAUCCCUGCUCGCUCGUGGGCAACUGGAACACAUGGUACGGGGAGCAGGACCAGGCAGUGCACCUGUGGCGAUUCUCAGGCGGCUACCCAGCUCUCAUGGACUGCAUGAACAAGCUCAAAAAUAACAAGGAGUACCUGGAGUUCCGGAAGGAACGGAGCCAGAUGCUGCUGUCCAGAAGAAACCAGUUGCUUCUGGAGUUCAGCUUCUGGAAUGAGCCACAGCCCAGAGUCGGCCCCAACAUCUAUGAGCUGAGGACAUACAAGCUCAAGCCAGGAACCAUGAUCGAGUGGGGGAACAACUGGGCUCGGGCUAUCAAGUACCGGCAGGAAAACCAGGAGGCAGUGGGUGGCUUCUUCUCACAGAUAGGGGAGCUCUACGUUGUGCACCAUCUUUGGGCCUAUAAGGACCUGCAGUCUCGGGAGGAGACUCGAAAUGCUGCCUGGAGGAAGAGGGGCUGGGAUGAAAAUGUGUACUAUACAGUCCCCUUGGUGCGACACAUGGAGUCUCGGAUCAUGAUCCCCUUAAAGAUUUCACCUCUCCAGUGAUACCUCGCCCUCCUUCCCCUUCUCCCUCAUGGCAGCCGGGGACAGAGAGUUCCUGGGCCUGCUGUUUUGCUUUUCUCUAGGCUCUGGGAGGACUCUGAAGAGUGGUACUCAGCUCACACAAAGAUGACAAGGUUCUGAGGACUUCCAGCUCUGUCGAGACCCUUCCCACUGCAACCUUCUCCCCCUGCUAGUAGUUUCUAAUUUCUCUCAAGCCUUUUAAGUCUUAUCCAAUUUUCCCUUAAGAGUCCUCACAGCAAGGCCACCAGACCUAUUAUUACCAUGGACAUGGCUUAGUUGCACAAAAGGGAGGGUGACUAGUAGUUUUAGUUGGGGUGGGAAGGGAAGAAGUCAGACCAUUUCCUGGACCACACACAUGCUAGACAUGCAAGUCUGAGCCAAGUCUCUCCCACUGGGGAAAAGCCCGGAACUGUCAGAAAUCCUCAAAUUAGCAAGGUCAGAAGGAGAUCUAGAAUUCUAUCCGGAGAGGCUAGGAAAAGGGGUGGGAACAGGAAGGAUGAGGGAGCAGGAGACAGACAUGGAACAAGAACUCAAACACUAGAACUUAGAAUUCAGAAGUUAGGUUUGAACUGCAGAAUUUGGAAUACAGAAUUAGAGGACAGAACAGAGGUCACCAGAGACCCUGGGGAGUCCCAAUACUAGACGAAUGGAGUUUCUCCCUACAUAAUGGGGAGAACUUGAAAAUAUAGUUGCAAGCCUUCUCCUGUCCUCCCUCCUUCCUACAGGCAAAAAUAGGGGCCAGGGCCUGUAUUUUGCUCACCCUGCAUUCCUUCUCAUCCACUUGACAUCCUGUCGGCCAGACCCUCAUUUUCCAGAGUUAUCAGGUCUGUGGAGUGGGGUCAGUGAUUCUGGGAGUCUCCUCAGUGACCCCCAUACCUCAUGAACUCCUGGGUAGCUUGAUUCUGCCUCCCUAUAGGGAAAACGUGCUGGAGUUGCUGAUGGAACUAAUUAAAUAUUUACUAUAAAUGUCGGUGUCUUCUUCAUCUGCAAGGAACCUUGGCAGGUGACCAGGGCAGGGCAGGGCAGAGCACCGCUGGGCAGCUUCCUAGUUCUAUCUGGCUGAUCUGCCACACACCCCCACCCGCACCCCAAGGGGGUAUUGGGUUCCUGAGCUUUCGGAGUCCCUGGUGAGGAUCCCAGGGUAACACAAGGAACUAUCUCUGCAUAACCGGGCAUUCAGGAUACGAGUGUUUCUAGACCCAGACAUCCUGGCACCUGUCUUACAAUUCCUGCCAGGGGUAGGAAACGCUUGGAAGUUUUCCGAUACCGUAAAGAGCUGCGGUUUUUGUCCUGGGCAAAUCAGACCCAACUUGGAGAAAAGGGUGAUGGACUUGUGCAAUGAACAAGUAUGUAAUGAGGUCGUACCGUCUCCGACUUGCUGCCUUCAUUGGUAUGGCGCGCUACGGUGGCUAGGAUAGCGUGCGAAAAAAGCAGCCGGUUUCUGGAGGGCCACAUUUUGGCGCUGCCCAAUUCACUCAACUUCGCGGGACACCCAAUAGCUGCUGGGCGCCGCUUUACGAGCUGGGGAAAGUGAACGAGGCUUCAAAUAGCCUUGGAUUCCCAUUUCUUUGCUUCCCACGCAGUAUGGAUCAA